AGAAGCAAAGGUUCCCAUAAUUCCGCCCACAGUUAAGAUGGCGGCGGUGGCGACAGGAGCUAAGGGUGCCGUGGUGGCGGGGCGCUUUCUCCGGGCCUCCCCCGCUUGGUACUGCAGCUCUUGCCAGAACUGCCGGGCUCCUGCUUCCUCCCGGCCAUCCGCGCGGGUGCGUCAGACUUUCGUCCAGUUCUUCCAGGAGAAGUACGGGCACCAGGUCGUGGCGUCGUCCCUCGUGCGCCCGCGAAAUGAUCCCGGGCUGCUCUUCGUCAAUGCAGGCAUGAACCAGUUCAAACCCAUUUUUCUGGGCACAGCAGAUCCCCGGAGUGAGCUGACACGUUACCGGCGAGUGGUGAACAGCCAGAAAUGUGUGCGGGCAGGUGGGAAGCACAAUGAUUUGGAGGAUGUGGGCCGAGACGUUUAUCAUCAUACAUUCUUUGAAAUGCUGGGCAAUUGGUCUUUCGGAGAUUACUUCAAAGAGGAAGCCUGUAGAAUGGCAUGGGAGUUGCUAACAGAGAUCUAUGAAAUCCCAAAGGAUCGCCUUUAUGUAACCUAUUUUGGGGGAGAUGCCACACUUGGUCUAUGUGCAGAUGAAGAGACAAGGGAAAUCUGGCUUAGCUUGGGUCUAUCCCCCAGCCAUGUCCUUCCCUUUGAAAUGAAAGAUAACUUCUGGGAGAUGGGUGAUACUGGUCCCUGUGGGCCCUGCACAGAGAUUCAUUAUGAUCACAUAGGUGGUGGCAGGAAUGCAGCAGCACUGGUGAACCAGGGCAUUCCUGAUGUGGUGGAGAUCUGGAAUCUGGUUUUUAUGCAAUAUAGCAGGGAGGCUGAUGGACAGUUGCGUCAUCUGCCUCAACAUCAUGUUGACACAGGAAUGGGCCUGGAAAGGUUGAUGACAGUUCUGCAGAACAAGCACUCGAAUUAUGACACUGACCUCUUCACCCCAAUCCUGGAUGCUAUCCAUACGGGAUGUGGUGGGCCCAGCUACCAGGGCUUGGUUGGGGAGGCUGACGCUGGUGGUGUGAACAUGGCCUACAGAGUGGUGGCAGAUCAUGUGCGCACCUUGUCUGUAUGCAUUGCUGAUGGUGUUUACCCAGGCAUGUCUGGUGCCGAGCUUGUUCUGCGUCAUAUCUUGCGUAGGGCUGUAAGAUUUUGCUCCGAAGUUCUCCAUGCACCACCUGGAUUCCUGGCCAGCUUGGUUCCUGUUGUUGUAGAAAUCUUGGGAGAUGCUUACCCAGAGCUAAGGAGGGAUACAAACAAGGUUAUGAACAUCAUCAAUGAAAAUGAGGCUGCAUUUCUGUCUUCCCUCUUGCGGGGACGCCGUGUUAUAAACAGAGCACUGGAGCAGAUGGAUCAUUCCAAAGUCUUUCCAGCGGAGAUUGCUUGGUCUCUCUAUAGCAAUUUGGGAUUCCCCCUGGAUCUCAUUGCCUUGAUGCUUGAAGAAAAGGGGGCCCAGCUGGACAAAGCUGCUUUGGAUCAUCUGGCUCAGGAAGAUGCUGAACGCAAAGCUCAAUCACAGCAAGAGCAAAAUACUAGGAUGCUGCUAGAUGUGCAUUCAUUAUCUCAGCUACGACAGAAUGGUGUACCUUCAACUGAUGAUUCUUUCAAGUUCGCUUAUGAGAUUGGGACAGAUGGAAGAUAUGUGUUCAGGCCAUGUAAAGCUACUGUCUUGAUGUUGUACAAAGAUGGCUCUCUUCAAAAGGAAGUCAGUGGAGGAGGGCAACGCUGUGGGAUCCUCCUGGACAAGACCUGUUUCUAUGCUGAGCAGGGUGGCCAGACGUCUGAUCAAGGCUACAUAGUGUGUGGGGGGCAGCAGGACACACUUUUCCCUGUGGUGUCCGUGCAAGUAUCUGCUGGUUAUGUGGUCCAUGAAGUGAUUGUUUCUGAGACUCUGAAGGCUGGGGACCAAGUGCAGCUCUUUGUCGAUCAGGCUCACAGGAUGGCCUGCAUGGUUAACCACACAGCCACCCACUUGCUAAACUUUGCACUCCGCCAGGUCUUGGGAAAGAGCACAGAGCAACGUGGGUCUCAUGUGACAGCUGAGUAUCUGCGGUUUGAUGUCAGCACCCAGGUCCCAGUAAAGACACAUCAACUGCUAGAAGUAGAAAAUGUGGUCCAGGAGAUGAUAAAAAAGAAUGAGAUUGUUCAUACAGAAGAAGUCCCCCUCAAGUUGACAAGUGAUGUCCAAGGACUCAGGAAACUAGAUGAAGUAUACCCAGAUGUGGUGCGUGUGGUGUCUGUAGGAGUUCCAGUGAAGAACGCAUUGGCUGAGGAGUCUAAAGAUGCCAUGCAUAACUCUGUGGAGCUGUGCUGUGGAACGCACCUAUUGAGAACAGGAGCUGUACAAGACUUCACAAUAACCUCUGAGCGACAGCUGGUUAAAGGGAUAAGCCAUAUUAUUGCACUAACUGGAGAGCAAGCCAAGCAGGCUCGGGAAGCUGGCCAGUCCUUUGCUAAGGAGGUGGAUUCUCUCGCCGUUCGGGUGAAACUGGGAGGACCCACAAUUGAUGAAGCACAGAGACUCUCCAAGGAGGUUGGCUAUUUGACUAUUACAGUGGACAAUACAGCAAUGCCUCAGUGGCAGAAAAGGGAACUGCAGACUACUCUCAAAGCUCUGCAGCGAGCAGCCAAUACUGCAGUUAGAAAACUGGAAACCAAACUGGCUGCUGAGAAGGCACACAAACUGCUGGCAAAGUAUUCCAAUGAGGCAGUCAUUAUCGAUACCAUCCCUCUUGAGUCACCCUCGAUCCUGAUGAAAGUAGUCAACCAACUCUGUGAAAAAAUACCUGGAGCUUCAGUGAUGUUAUUAAGUCCACAAGCUUCCGGCCAGGUGUUUUGUGCUUGCCAAGUAUCCAAGAAUUCCUUGCCAACAUUUUCUGCUGCUGACUGGGCUCUGGCUGUCUGUACUCAAAUGGGAGGCAAGUCAGGUGGUUCUGGAGUUGUAGCCAAGGGCAUGGGAAGCACCAAUGACUUGCAAAGGGUCCUGACCACAGCUCUGGAAUAUGCAAAAAAUAAACUCUGACCUACCUACCCCAGUUGUGAGGCCAAGGUGUCACUGUCACUGUGCCUGUGCAAGGAGACUGAGGCUGGACAAUCAUUUGGCUGACUUAAGAUCCUUCCUGAAUUCUACAUGCAAUGACUGAACUUUGUUCGUUGCUGGUUACAGCUGUGGUUCAUACUGCCAAUCUACCUUAGACUGCAGUUUCUUGCAGAAUAUCAAGAUGACCCAUGUGUACAGAUAGAAGGAAUAUUGGUCUCUCAAAAAUUGAUUUCUGCAUUUGAAAAUAAUCAUGUAAGGAAAAAAAGUGUUAUUUGCUGAGUUUAAUAAACACACAAGGAAAAGGUAGUAGAUACUGGCCUAAUGAAUCUGCUACUAUGUGUAACCAAGGGUGCCUUGAUGGCAAAACAAAAGGAACUGUACAGUACUCCAGUGGUAGUAAUAAAGAAGAGCAGUGGUCCA